AUGAGCGCAGAAUAUUUAGGCGAAAGCGCGAGGAGGGAGGGGAGCGCGGGGCAGGAGGAGUAUCUCGGCCCAGAAAAUUAUGCAUGCGUUAGGGAAGCUCUGAGAGAAUGGCUGUGGAAGCUCUCCACUGCGGUUUGAACCCACGGGGUAUUGAUCACCCUGCCUGUGCUGAAGGUAUUAAACUGCAAAUUGAAGGUGAAGGUGUUGAUUCUCACUCUAUUAAAAACAAAAAUUUCCAGAAGGUGCUUGACCAAAAAGGAACCCCCAAGCGACUGCAGGCAGAAGCCGAGACGGCUAAGUCGGCUACGGUGAAGCUGUCAAAACCAGUGGCUCUGUGGACUCAACAGGAUGUCUGCAAGUGGUUGAAGAAACAUUGUCCGAAUCAGUAUCAGAUCUACAGUGAGUCAUUCAAACAGCACGACAUAACUGGGCGAGCCCUGCUGAGACUUACAGACAAAAAGCUUGAGCGAAUGGGGAUUGCCCAGGAGAACCUCCGGCAGCACAUCUUACAACAGGUGCUCCAGCUGAAGGUGCGAGAAGAAGUCAGAAAUCUACAGUUACUCACACAAGCCUCAACUGAGGGUUCUCCAUAAACGCGGUUAGCCUUCCAAGCUGCUGUCCUGCCAGUCGAUAUGAACAUGGCCUGUUCCUCACAGAAAGACUAACUCAUGGCACUGCCAGAAGAUAUCCUUGGAGCAUUGACAGAUUAACCAGAUUAACUGAAAAACCACCCAUUCAGUCAAGAUUAUGGGCUUUGGAAAAUCUUAGUUUGCUGUGGAUUUUUAAAUGAGGUACAUAAUAUACAGUGCCAACUUGCUCCAAGUGGUCAUUGGCAGACCAUUAGCUGGAAAACUGCUUCCGGUUUUCAUCACUGUGCAUAACUCAAGCUCCCUUUGGGGAGCUGACUGUGCCCUUCACUAGAAGUCCUGUUUUAGCAUGGCAACUACUGGAUUAUUUUAUUAUGUGUGCAGACGGCAUGAUGCGUUAGAAAAAAAAUUACGGCAGGUCUGCAAUCUCAGUGGAAGUGUUCACAAUAUUAUGCCCUGGUAGGAAUGUAAACAUGUCUCGAUUGUGUUAGUUAUGACCUCUAAAGGUAUUCUUUCCAACUCUUAAGCACUUUACGUGAGAACCCCCUAUACCGAAACGAAUCAGCACGUUCAGUACAUGUGAGAAAACAAGUCUUUUCUUCUUUCUUAUAAAUCUUGUCCUAUUUCUGGCUCCGACUGUCCAAGAUGAGGCUCCACUCCUAGCAUAUACUCCGUCGUUUGUGGUAAAUUGGUAAAUACGGCCACAGUACUGUUAGACUUAACCUCUUGACACUUUACUGAACAACUGGAUUUCUUACAGCAGCAAAGGGAGGUAAUGGUGGGCCUGGGGAAUGGUGAUCAUUUAGCUCUAGUUUCCUCUUACCUGGGCACGACUUACCACGAGCACAUACACACACUCAAACACAGGAGGCUUCUAUUUGGCCAAUGUAUGUAAUCUCUCAUUCUAUAGAAGAGUUCUUUCCAAAAAACCAAAAUGGGGGUGUGGCCAUAUUUUAAUCUUAGCCUAGGUGCAUUGAUGGUAAAGACAGCAGAAUGCAGUUUCCCAGGGUGUGGUCUGCCUUUAACACUUUGGAAACCUCUCUAGGUCAAGUUCUGAUCACAAUUCUUUGAAGAGAAAAAACAGCAAGUGACCCCCUGCAUGUCUAGAGAAGCAAGAGGUUCCAACCCCACACUAGGUUUCUUCCUCAGAAGAGAACCUCCUAGUCCUUUUUAAUCCUUUCUGGGAUUAUACCCAUAACUAAUUUUUUUGUACUAUGUUUUACAGCAAAGCACAGUCCUGGGAAACCAGUCAACCCAGUUAUUGCUUGUCUUUAGAGAAAUGUCCAUAUUGAUUGACCCUACAUCAUGCUUUAGCAUUUUUUUUUUCCUGAAAAUGUAAAGAUGACUGAAUCAAAAACUCAGCCAAGUACGUUCUGUGUGCCCACAGUCCCAGCCUGAGACCGGCAGACAUCGGAGACUUUUCUUUCAAUACAUGUAACAACCCUGGGAGCCUGCCAGCACAAGCAAGCUUGGCAGUUCAGAGGGUCACCAGACACACGCUCAUCGUCUGUUCUCCCCACACCUUGCCUCCCCUGGGGGUAUCAGGAAAUGCACAGCCCAUUAGAAAACUACCCCACCUGAGAUUUGGAAACUUGACGGGGAAGGAAAGAGAUCCAAAUGUGAUUCGGGUGAGUCACCCAGCAGGAUGACUCACCACAAGCCUGUGGGCUGUAGUGCCAAAGAAGGGGGCUUCCAAGAGGGAACUCAGAGAAGCUCCAGUGGCCACCAAAUCUGGACCUCUGAUGGGUCGGCAUAGGCACCAUCAGGCCCCCAGCAGACCGUAAUUCUUUACAAAUCUAGAAUUAGGAAGUCAAACCCUGGCUGCCAACACCCCUGGGCACCUCAGUCUCCACUGCCCAUCUCCUGAGGUUCAAUUCCAAUUCCAGAGCUCCCUCCAAUCUUUCGUUUCUUCCCUUCUUUAUUCAGCAAGUGUUUAUUGAGCAUCUGCUAUGUGCCAAGCAUCGAGCUGGGGCAACAACAGUGUACAAGGUAGACUCUCCCUGCCCUUAUGAUAUCUCCUCCUCCCAAACACUAUCCCCACCCCACCUUUUCCACAAUGAAAACUGAAUUCAGACAGCAUUCAUCCCCUGCCAGAGCAACGUGGGGAAAUGGACAUGCACAGUUCCCUUGCCUGAGGAAGUGGACGGCAGAGAAAGAGGCAGUGGACAGCGUCAGGCCAUGUAUUUGCGCCCAUCAUGUACAGCCAACCCUCCCAGCACCCAGAUUUAGCUGGUAGGAGCUACCCAAAGCAGCUUUCAGUUGCCUGAUAGCCACCCUGGUCACCUAUAUUCCCAUCCUUUAUGCAGAAACAGCAAUUCAUCAUCAUGCUGGAUUCUCUGAAGCCCCAAUUCUAUAACUAGCCCCAGGGACACAAAAUCAGGCCUGAUGAAUUCGAAAGAACUACUGCCAGGUGCUGAGAUACUAUCCGGGAAUGAGUUGGUUUAGCCAGGGACAUUCUGAGAACAACUGUUAACACCCUUGGAAAACUGGACAUGCUUUGUGGUGCAGAUAGAUGUUCAUUAAAUGGUGGUGGUUCAUCCUUACUGACUUUGCUUUUGCAAAAUAUGUUACAAACCAUUAAAUAAGUAGAGUUUCCUAGCUUUUUUUUUUUUUUUUUUUUUGAGUCAAAAGUGUGCUGGGCAAUUAUUUAAAGAUGAUGGGUAAAGAUGGAGAUAGGAAAGGGCAAAGAUGGAGACAAUGAAAGAGCCCCACUGAAGAUGGCUUCUCUAAAAAUGCCUUAAUUCCUGGCACGUACCACAUAUUUGCAUAUGAACUACUGUUUUCCAAACUGUCGACCUCUGUUUGAAAUCAUCUGGAGGCAUAGUUUUGGAAACGUGGUGGCAUAAAAUCUGAGCAGUCAUGAGCUAAACCAACAAAAUGGAGAAACAGUUUCCUUCACAGCCUUGGGAUUCUUUGUUCUAUGUUGACCCACAAUGACCCAUGGUUAUUUCCUGCUGUGCUGAACCUUCUUGCCAAGAUGUGUGUAGGACAUUUUAUUCCCAGAACCUCAGAGAUGGCUGUAGUGAGUUUUGUUUAGUAGGAAGCAGGAGAUGGGGAGGUAAGGGAUAAAUGCUUUGAUGUCUAAGGGCUAUAAACUGUUGAUGCAUUUAUUUUUCCUUUUA